UGGAAUUUUCUCUGUCAAAUCCGAUGUUUAUAGCUUUGGUGUUAUUCUACUGGAGACUGUAUGUGGAAAAAGGAAUACAAAAUUAUCCAUGAGUCUUAUAGAUUAUGCAUGGAUAUUGUGGAUAGAAAACAAGGUGCUGGAUUUAGUGGACCAAACUCUAUGUGAAGUUUGCAAUGCAGAUCAAUUCGUGAAGUACAUAAAUAUUGGACUCUUAUGUGUACAAGACGACCCACAUGACCGCCCCACCAUGUCAAAUGUUGUUACCAUGCUUGGCAGUGAAGCUGCAGUUCCAACUCCAAAACAGCCAACUUUUUUUCGAAGGACAGGUCUUUCCAACACAACUAAUUUUUCAACUAGACCGCAAAAACAUACAAAAUCAACUAUUAGUGAAAUAUAUGAUGAGGUGCAUAAUGAAAGUCAAAAGAGAGUGAGAGAGAAAAAGACCAAUGAAGCUUUAGAGCAACAUCUUGUAUUAAAGUAUGAUAAACUAUAUUACAAUGGUCUUUAUUUAGAGGAAUGCAAGACACCAUAAUUCUAUCAAACAUUCAUCUAACAAGUCUAAGUCGUGUGGUCCAAUCAACCACGCCACUUCAGCCACCAUUUUAUUGAUGUAAUUAUGUG